AUGGAAGAAUCAACUAUUAGUACGAAUAUUGAUACAAUGACAAACGAUAGUAGUGAUAAUGGUACAGAUACGAUGGUGGGUGAAAUUAUACCUACAACAUCUACAACAUCUACAACAACAACAACAAUAUCAACCAACACCUCUGCUGCUUCUGGUUUAAAUAGAAAAGUGGUAAAGAUUGUUAGUAAUGAAGGAGAUGAAUAUGAAUUGGAAGAAUGUGUAAUAGAGAUGUGUCGAACCGUCAAAUAUAUAGCCUCUGGUAAAUUGGGAUUUAGAAAUGGUCUUGGAGGUUGGUUUAAUAUCGAAGGUAAAUACGUGUUGCAUAAAAAAGAGGGGCGCCUACUAGCAACCAUUUACACAAACAACGAUCAAGAAUGCAUACUAUGCUUUCCCGAAAUAAGAGGUCAGAUCCUCUCAACCAUCAUCGAAUAUUGUAAAUUUCAUUCUUCAAAUCCAACCUCUCAACAAAUACUAGAACAUGACGAUAAUUUAAUUUCAAUGAAACAAUCAAGUCUAUGUGAAUUGGCAUCUGCAUCUUAUUAUUUGGAUGUAAAAUCAUUAGUUAGUUUAACCUCUAGGGAGAUUGCUGCACAGAUAUCUCAGAAAAGUUCAGAAGAAAUUAGAGAAACAUUUACCAAUUUACAUUUAGCAGGAUAUAAUCAAUUUUUUUCAUCAAACAAACAAUGCCCGUCUUAUAAGAAAUCAUCGAAAAAGGAGAAACUACAAAUCGUAGCACCAACUACAUUGGCAAUAGAUGAUAAUCGAUCGGUCGAUGAAUUGCUAGAGUUUUUAGGAGAGUCUAGUAAAAAACCAACAUCAAAAAAGAAUAAGAACAAAUCAUCGUCAUCAUCAACGUCAUCGACAUCAUCGACAUCAAAUACUACACAACAAUCUAAAUUAAAUAGUAGUAGUACAUUACCAUCUCAACAACAACAACAACCAUCUCAACAAUCAAAUAAUAAUUCAAAAUCAAAUAAUAAUAACAAAUCAUCAUCAUCUGUAAAUAAUAACAAUAACAAUAAGCAAACCUCACCGAUUAUUUUACCAAACAAAUCCAAAUCUACAACGAAUAGUAGUACUAGUAGUACUAUUGGAAAUAUACAACAACAACAACAACAAAUUCCUGAUAUUUCACUAACCAACAACAAAAAACAAUCAAAAUCAUCUUCAACCUCUUUGAAAUCAUCUAAAAGUUCACCUGAUCUAUUCUCUUCUGAAGAAAGGACAGAUAAUUUGUACCAUACCACUCAACAAAAACAAGACCCAUCUAUGGAAACUGAAACAUUUGAAGAGGAAUGGGAUGAUGACGAUGAUGAUGAAAUCGAUCCAGAUUUACAGGAAGAAAUCGAUAAAGAAGUGGAAAGUUUCAAACAAAGAUUGGAUUUAUUUAAUAGACAACCAAAAACAAAAUUGACAUUACCUUCUAGAACUUUAGCAGCUCUUCUAGAUGCAUAUUGA